UGGGGAACCCGAGUGAGUCAGGGGGGCUAGGGCCUAAGGCAGGCGGCAAUGUCUGUGGAGAAAGAGGUUUCAUUCAAGUUGCCACACCCGGACCCGAAAGUACGGGGUAAGCAGUUUAGGAGGCCGCGGGGCCGUAGUAAGGCCCGGGCCCGGGGCGCCUGGAGCAAGGCCCACGUCCACAGGCGAUCGCAACCCGAGCCGUACUGCAAAAAGGCGCAAGUGCGAGAGAAAGAGAAGGUGUGGACCCCCUGGAAUGGACUCAUCGUGAUUGGGAAGAGAGUGGAACUCUUGGACAGAAACCUGCAAAAGUCUAAAGUGUGGGACCCAAAGUUGGAAUCUGAGAACUGGAAGCUGGAAGUCGUGGGGAAGAAGAUUUCGAAAGAGAGAUCGGGCCUGCAUCAGGAGAAGGUGGACACGAAGCUCUUGAACAGUGUAGAAAGGACGUCACAGGCUCCAGCAAGGUUGGAUGAUAUCCCAGAGAUUUGGGGACGGCAGGAGGACAGACCCAAAGCUGGAGCUGUAUCUGAGAGUGCAGAGAUGACAGCAGAGUCUGAAGAAAGAUUGAAGUCUAAGGACAAAUUGAGAACCAGUGGAGGGGACUUGAGAUCCAGAGGGGAUCAACUUAGGCAGAAUGAGGAAGUGGAGUCCAGUGGAGAGAACUUGGUGUACAAGAGAGAGAAACGGGUGUCCACGGGAGAGAAGGUGGUGGGCAGGGGAGAGAAGCGGUCUGUUGUAGAGAAAAUGGACAGUAGAGAGAAACGGGGGUCCGUCAGAGAGAAGUUGUCGGACAGUGGCGAGAAACGGGGGUCUAUCAGAGAGAAGUUGUCAGACAGUGGCGAGAAGCGGGGUUCCAUCAGAGAGGUGUCUGACAGUGGCGAGAAGCGGGGGUCCAUCAGAAAGAAGGUGUCGGACAGUGGCGAGAAACGGGGGUCCAUCAGAGAGAAGGCGUCGGACAGUGGAGAGAAACGGGGGUCCAUCAGAGAGAAGGCGUCGGACAGUGGAGAGAAACGGGGGUCCAUCAGAAAAAAGGUAUCCAACAGUGAAGAGAAGCGGGGUUCCAUCAGAGAGAAGGUGUCGGAUAGUGGAGAGAAGCGAGGUUCCAUCAGAGAGAAGGUAUCAGACAGUGGAGAGAAACGGGGGUCCAUCAGAAAAAAGGCAUCCGACAGUGGAGAGAAACGGGGGUCCAUCCGAGAGAAGGCAUCCGACAGUGGAGAGAGGCGGGGAUCCUCCAAAGAGAAGGCGCAGUCAAGUGAUGAGAAGCUGAGAUUGAAUAGAGAGAAAUCAAGUUCCAGUGAAGGAGAGAAGCCGAGGACUGGUGAUAAGAACCUGAAAUCCACUGGAGAUAAACUGGAGUCAAAUACUGAGGAAGCACAGUCUGAUGAGAUGGAACUGGAAGAGCAUUCAAGACUGGGAAGUACAACCGAAGAGGACACAGAAAGAGUGAUAAAUAUUACUGGUGAUGAAAGUGCAGUGGAAAAGAUGAGUCAGGACUUGCAAAUUUCCGAAAGUCUGGAAGGCAGAGAUGAACAAGAAGGAGCGGAGAAAGCAGGGGAGAUUGACAGUUUUGUCUUGAACAAUGGGGAAGAUACCGCCCAUGAAUCUGUUCCUAUGGAAGAGAAAGACAAAAUUAGAGAAGGCUCCGUGGAAUCAGGUGGAUGAAGAAUUGAAGACAAAGGAGAUUGGAGAAGAAUUGAAAGUCAAAGAGAAGCUAGAGCAAGGCCAAGCUCUGUUGGCCCCGAAGGGUAAAUAUGAGUGAGCAUUCCGGACCUAAAAGGAGCUUGGGACUGGAGGAGAGUUACUGGGCACGAGGCCAAGCCAGUAUCAACAGAGUGAAGAGUGGAAAAGAGGGAGUUGGGAUCAUUUUAAGGAGAAAGAUAUUUGGUAAUGAAUGCUAAGAAGAAGGAAACUGGCCGCUAUGUUCUUGAAGAACUGUUUGAGUCUAGGGCGGACUGGAUUUUGUCAGACAUGUACAUGGCCGGGGUGUGAGAUGAAGGAGAAUGUCAGAAAGAACAGAUCAUUGCAGGGCAAAGGGUGGCCACUGAGGGUUGUGGGAGAAGCAGCCAACAGGUGAGGUGUCUGAAGCUGACACCAAAAACUGAGGGGCUCCAGCAGGAAUGAAACGGGAAGAGGAGUGGUCGAAUGAAACGGUGGACCGGUGACUAGACUUGUGUCUACCUGAGACCAUCAUUUGAAGAUUCCCCUGAGCUAAGGUAUUGUCAUCUCUUUCAGAGACUCCUUCUUGGCACAAGAUCAAGACAGCAUUUGCCUUUGUAUGGGAAAUGACCUACAUACACAUCAGGAAAUACAGAUUCUGACCAAUCGUCAGCUUUCUCUUCUCUGGCUGGGACAGAUGUACCAGCAAGUGCAUCCUAAGGCACGAUGAGAUGGGUUUAAAGAGGCUGGGUGGACCCAACUGCAGAGGCAAGUUAGUAAGACAUCAGAAAAUGUUCUGUAGCAGAGAUGACUAUUUGGAGCUGGACUUAGAAAGGUUGCCUGUAACUCCUUGGACCCAAAAGACGCAUACCCUUUUGACCUACAACCCUUUUCUGGUCUCAGCAGUAUACCCAAACACACCAGUGGACAAAGACCCCCUCCCCCAGAGGAGCCACUCAGUCCAGAGGCAUUUGGAAAACAAGACGACAGAGACCUUUUAUUAACUAUCCAACAGGCUCCCUCUCAAAGUUUCUGGCUCCCAGCUCUCAGCUGUGUCCUCAGCAAAGCUGAAGACGUGACCGCCGUGGGAGAAGACCCUCUGGAAGCUUGUGUAGGGAGCAAGGCUGACGUGAUUGUGAAGGGCAUUCCCAGGUCAGGCCCAGCAUCACACCAUCCUCAGUGUGUGGUCAACCUUCCCCUCCAGGUAGUCUCCAUGAUACUUUGAGGGUCUCAGGGAAGGUCAGAAUGUACCCGCUCCCAUGUUCCCCAGUCCUCCCACUGGGGAUGGGGUCAUUGCUUAGCUGAUCAAAAUGUGCCCCAAGAAUCUGUGAGGUAGGGUGACAGAAACGUGCCUAUCCACCUCCUGGGGUCAUGGCUGGCUGGUGAUGGAAUGGCUCAGCCAGGAGACAGAACACACCCCCUGCACUCCAGUCAUCUGAGGCACCCAAGCAUGGACUGAGGCCAUUCCCUUUUUCAUUUCCAAAACUGUGGGAAAAACUGCGGCUCCAGUGGACCACCUAAUUUGGAGAAGGAAAAUCGAGUCCCGUGACUUCUACCCACAGGUCUGUCAGUCAAUCAACGAGGGGAAGUUCUUCCAAGAGCUUAUUUCCCAGCCUGGGCAAUGCUGAGAGAGGGAGCGACUACCUGCACGGCUCCUCAUCAGGACAGCAGUAGUGGGUGACAGCGACCACCCAGAGGCUGCCUAGCUCCUCGAUGGGACAGGCUGUGGGGCCAGGUCUGUGGUCUUUGUGUCCCUCGGAUCUGUGCUAACCCCGGGAAGUAUUAAUGAUCUGAACAAGCAGA